AUGUUCGGCUUCGGAAAGGACCAGUCCCACACCAAGAUCGAUGCGGUGGAGAAGCCGCAGCGAUGGUGCACCUUUCGCAGGAAGAUGCUCGUCCUUGUCGGCGUCGUCCUCGUCCUCGUCAUCGGCCUCGCUGUAGGGCUGGGUGUAGGCCUGACUCGAGGCAAGGGCGGCGGCGACGAUGAUGGCAGCGACGACGGCAGCCACAACAAGUCGAACAACACCGACGUGCCAACGUCCGGCCCCGACCGGACUGAGAUCUGGAAGCCCAAGCCCAACACCUCGUGGCAGAUCAUUCUCAGAUACCCUGCCGAUAUCAGCUCGAGCAGUGUCAUCAGCCCAGACGUGGAUGUGUAUGACCUAGAUCUCUUUGAUAACCACAUCACCACCUUUAAGACUCUGCAGGACAGCGGUAAGAAAGUCAUCUGCUACUUCAGCGCCGGUUCUUACGAGGACUGGAGAGAGGACAAGGGCGAGUGGGAUGAGAAGGACCUGGGCAAGGGCCUCGAGGGCUGGGCCGGCGAGAAAUGGGUCAAUGUGUCCAGCCCUAGCGUCCACAAGGUCAUGAAGGAGCGCAUCAACCUCGCCUGGAGGAAGGGAUGUGAUGCCAUCGACCCUGACAAUGUCGACGGAUACCAAAAUGACAAUGGUCUUGGUCUCACAGAGCAAGACUCCGUCAACUACAUGAAGUUUCUUUCUGAGGAGGCUGGAAAGUACAACAUGUCCAUCGGCCUGAAGAACGCCGGCGACAUCAUCAGCGAGGUCAUCGACGUGAUUCACUUCUCCGUCAACGAGCAGUGCAUCCAGUACUCUGAGUGCAAGACCUUCUCCGCCUUCAUUGACGCUGACAAGCCCGUCUUCAACAUCGAGUACCCCGACAGUGCUCCCAGUGUCGCCACCACCGAGAAGGACGAGAUCUGCUCCAAGAAGGGCAAGGCUGACGGGACCGAAGGGUUCAGCAUCGUCAUCAAGAAGAUGAACCUCGACGGCUGGGUGGAGUACUGCGAUGGGAAGACGUAUGAGACAAAGGUGAACAACACCAGCAGCUCGUAG